AUGGAUAAACCUGAGGAGCAGUAUUUAUACUAAAAAACUAAUCAAACUGAUUACUCUGCUCUCGAUACUAAUUUGAAAUUGAUUUAGGAUAUGCUAAACUAGCCUUUGCAGAACACCAAUAAUCACUCGACAUACUAAAGUGCAAAUGCAUUCGGUAACUAAAAGAGCAGUGUUUCAUCUUCUCAACAGUUUAAUGGGUAGAUGAGACAAAUGAACGGAAUUCAUGAUAAUUAAUUAAUGGUCGAUUAGCAAAAUAAUAACAAUAUGAUUUAGACUCACAUGUAAUAUCCCUGUGACUAUAUAUUCUAGCAGGAAGAACCGCCAGUUGAAUACAGAUUAAUGCAGUUUAAUGAAAUAUAUAAGAAUAGAAAGCAAGAAGCUCAAAUGCAAUAUAAUUAACAGCUAUAUGGCUCUGUCGAGGGUUCUGUACAUAACUCUUAAAAUAAUUUUUCACAAUAUCUGAGUAAUAAGUAAUAGAAUAAUAAUCAGCCUCCAAUAACUUUCUAGCCCUAAAUAAAUCCACUAUCAGACAGAAUUGUCUCCUCCCUAGAAAAUAGAGUCGGUAAAGUAUAGGAUCGCCUUUAUGAUUAGCAUAAAAAGCAGCAAGCUAUAAAAAGCCAAAUGCAAAGCUAAAUUGUGAAAGAUGCUAAAGAGAAUGCAAAGCCACAAAUAUCUCAAAAGUCAAAAUAGAUGAUGUCGUAAAAAUCUAGUACUAAUGAGCCCAUCGAAGAAAGAUUGAUUAGUUUCAAAAAGAGGAUUGAAGGUAAGAAGCAUUAGCUAGAAGACAAAUAUAAAGAAUAGUGCACCUUUAAGCCAUAAAUCAAUGAGCAUAGUAAAGUAAAGAGUGGUUAUAUAAAUAGACCAAAAGACUUAUUAUAUUAGCCGUUAAAAAAACAAAGUCUGCAAGUAAAUAACGAAAGUGAUGGUUCUAACUUUAGACCUAAUCUAAACAAGAAAACUUUAGAAAUAGUUGAAAAAAAGUGUGAAGGAAUGAGCGUCUAUGAUAGACUUACUUAGUCAGUUGAAAGACUCACAGAUUCUACAAAUUUGGCAUCUGAUCAUUAGCUUACAUUUGUACCUCAGAUUAACCCUAUUUCAGAUGAGUUAGAUAACAGAAUGAAAAUGGGAUUUAGAGAUGACACUCUAGGAUUUGGAGCAGGCAAAGAGAGAUGGUAAACUCUUUAUGAACUUGGCUUAAAGAAAAAAGAAGACAUGGAGAUACUUCGCAAGAAUUAUCAAGAAAUGAAAGAACUUGAAGAAAAAUCUUGCACAUUCAAGCCUUAAAUAUACUCCAAAGGAACUAUCUAUGAUCCAUCUACAAGAAUGGGAGGAGAUUCAUGCGGAAACAAAGUUAGUAUCUUUGACAGAUCAAAGGCCUGGGCAGAAAAUAAGCUCAAAAAAAUUGAAAUACUUAAAGAGCAAUAUGUUGAUAAAGACAUUGAUGAGUGCACCUUUUAGCCAGCUCUUAAUAAUCAUGAUCUGAAAUCACUUAAGAAUCAUAGAAGAUAGAUUAGUGUUGAUUCUCUAAGGAAUCAUCAAGUUGAUGAGGUUGAUUAAGAAUCAAGCGAUGACUAUCAAUAGAGAUAGCUAGAUGAAUACCAAAAAUUGCAAUAAUCUUAGAAUUAUUACAAUAAGAUAACUGAAGUGGUUCAAGAGAAGAAUGCUAAAUCAGUAGAGAGAUUUGUGAAUAGGCUGUAAAAUGUGAGACAGUAAAAAAUAGAGCAGAUUGAGGAGUAGAAAAAGCAAAUAGGCUCAGGGAACUUGUGGAAAAACUAGAUAACUGUGCCUAAAGAGCCUAAGUUCAACAAGAGAAAUGAGAAUAAUAGAUCAAGCACUCUCAGCAAUAACAAUAAUGGAUAUCAAUCAGCCAGAGUCAAUUCUGUAAGCAGAGGAUACGGGGGAGCAGCAAGAACUUCUUAGAAUCUAUCUCAGUUGAUAGAUUAAUUUGGCUAGAAAUCAGUUAAAAAUAUAGAAACUAAGAACAAAACAUCUUUCAGCAGUGGCCUAGAUUAAAGCUAAAUUUCUUAAAGCACAACUAACAAAUUCAAAAGAAAUAAUACAUUAAGAGAAGAUGGUAGCAUGAUCAAGAAUGAGCCAGUCAAGUUUGAAGCCAACAUGGAGUUCGACUCAUGCCUAAGUCUUUUGCACUAACACAUUCAGUCUCUUGAUAUUUGA